CGAGAAUCCUGAUCCCCAGGACUUUAGUACAUGGAGAUUAAAAAACAGCAACAAGAUGUGUUAGGUUUCUUGGAAGCCAACAAAAUUGAAUUUGAGGAGAAAGAUAUCGCCGCCAACGAGGAGAAUCGGAAAUGGAUGCGCGAGAACGUCCCUGAGGACAGCCGGCCAGCGAGCGGGAACCCUCUGCCGCCCCGGCUCUUCAACGACAGCCGGUACCUUGGGGACUAUGAAGCUUUCUUUGAGGCACGAGAGAACAAUGCAGUAUAUGCGUUUUUAGGCUUGACUGCACCGCCUGGUUCAAAGGAAGCCGAAGCACUGGCAAAGCAGCAAGCAUGAAUUUCAACUGCCUUAAAAUGUUCUGUAAAGGGAAUUUCCACAGCUUUUUAUAAAAUAGUACAAUUGUCUCUGCUUCAAGAAAUAUAGAUGUGAUUUCUAACAUUUGAUUGGUGCUUGCAGCAUUCACCGUACGUAAUACAAAUCUGAACACAAGAUGAAAAUGUGAACUUAAAGGUAGAGAGCACGGGGUGUAUUAUUACAAAGUUGGAAGCAUAGGAAACUGAAGCAAUUAGACAUGAACGAUUUUCAUGGAGUUUAAACUGUCUUGGCAAUUUGUUCAUUUUGUGUAAACUUCAAGAAACUAUUUUAAUACUAAUAAUACAGAUGGGGUUAUACCUAGAGAUCCAACUAUUUAAAAUAUGGAAAACAAGCAACAGCAUCUAAAACCUUGUCAAAUACCAACUUUAGUGCCUGAGUUGCCUCAAAAAAAAAAAAAUGUUACUGAAUUAACACAGUAAUUUUUCAGUGUCUUUUCUGGUUUUGGAUGAAAUUGUAGGUGGUAUCGUGUAGUAUAGCCAUUGUAGUCACUUUUGAAAGUUGUGUUUGUUCUUUUGUAGAAUGGUUAUUUAAGAUUUGUAUUGUAACACACUGUACAGAUGAAAAAAAAAAAACCACAAACAAAAAAACAAAAUGCCAUGUAUUUCUCAUUUAAGUGAUGCGUGUGGGCUCUUUUGACAAAGAAAAAGGGAUUUGGGUAAUGGCCAGCCUUUCCGUUGGCAGGUUCAGCACACAGCUGCCUAAGCGUGACUCCAUUGCAUGUCUGUGGGCAGGAUUCAGGGCACCUCAGUGAAGUAUGUGCUAAUUCCCAGGCGAUGUUGCCAAUAAGCCAAAACGGCCAGAAAUGGCAUUUCCUUACCUAUGUAAGGGCGAAAGCCUUUGAUCUAUUUCUCUACAAAACUACCAGUUCACACUGCUUCUAGCGUUAGGCAUCUUAUUGCAUGUUCAUGUAGUCAUUAGAUUCAUAGAGUAUUUUUUCAAACAAGGAAAUAAAUGUUUGAAUAGCAAGAACUAUUGUAAUUAACCAAGACUUUUUUUUUUUUUUUUUUUAAGGUUUAAAAACUUUUUUUCCAUUGUUAUUGCCAUAUCAUGAAGCUAUUACAGGAAUUGCAAAUCUAUUAAAGUGUCUUGUAUCGGUGAAUUUACCAUGUGCAAUAUUAACCUGUCUGUUCUCCCAGUGCUCAUGAGAUAAUCUGUAUUUCUUGGCCAUAUUCUGCAAAAAUACAAGCAAUUACAAGUGCCCUGAAGGAUGAGAAACAGGUUUAAAAAGUGUGAGGGUAAUUUAAAAUGCAUUUUGCACCACAUAAUGUACUUACUCCCCAGAAGUAUCAAAAGACAGCAAGAUAAUUAGUCCUUGCUCUGGUUAGAGGAUCAUUCUAAUAGCUGUGCACACACACAUUUUGAUUUUUUUGUUUUAUGAAGACGGAGAAGCAGGUGGUGCAGAUCUGCAGAAGGCUGCAGCGUACCAUCGCCGUGCGGUCCUUUCACACCGAUGCUGUAAAACGUGUGCUGUGCUUUUCAGAUCCCUUCUGACACGGAUUACAGUUCAUAGUUUGGGAGUCUGAAAUUAGGAGCAGGAUAAAAGUGAAAACUCCACGUUUGCAAAGACGUUCUGAAGGGCUGUAAUUAAAUACUUCCCUCACCAACAUUUCUUUGGGGCUUUUGUAGUGCUUCCGUGCACUGCAAGCGAUGAUUUUGUCAACAUCUGGUAAAAGGGAAGUGCAGGUAGUUGCUUUGGUUGGAGCAGCUCUGCCUCUAGACAGCUCGUGAUUCCGCAGACGUCUGAGUGAGCAGGAUCUAGCGCGGAGCCAAGUUAGGUAAAACGACAUUCAGUUCGUGUUUUAUCUUUUUUCGAUUUGGGAGCCUGGGAGUCAGUCUGAAGCUUGUGCUUAUGAAAGCAAGCAGAGUAUCAAAAGGCAUAGGGAUAGAUUAAUGUUGCCUUACCUUCAAGAUUAACACAUGCAUUUGUGCUUUUUCAUUAACAGGCUUUAUCAGCAAAUAUUGAAAUCUUGUGAAAUUUAUUUUAAGAUCUUUCGGGGAUGGAAGUUAAGUUACAUCCAGUGUCUGAUUCGUGUUGUCCGCUGUGAUUUCAUCUUUCUGAACCGAGGUGAUUUUCCUUUCUUAAUAUUGGCACAGCCUCUCUCAGUGUCUAAACUAACGGUCAAAGUUUUGAGAACGUAUGUAAGAGUCCUAAGUGAAGUUUUGCGAAGAAAGCGGAAUUUGACACACGAGUCACUAUACUCACACCAAUUUGCUGCGUUUCCUGGGAAAGUAUGGUGUAAGUUUUGUGAAUUACAGUCAUUAUUUUGGAGAAGCUGUAAUUGGAAGCCGCUGCCAAAUUCUGUCAGUUCAGCGACCCAAAACAUUCUGAAACGAGGUCAGUCUCUGUUUCUGACGGUCAAGAAAAUUGCCAAGUUUAAGAAAGCAAAGUCACUUCCCUCCUCUGGUCCCCCGCCCUUGCCAUAUGGUAGCGUUCAAACUGUAUCAGCAUUCCUCUGAAAGCUCUGUCGAGACAGACUGAAUUAUUUCUUUGUCCGGGGAACAAGGCACCGACACAGACUGAAAAAUACCGAAAAUAUCUCUUUGUUGUGGGACUGCGUGUCAAACUUCCAUUCAUUUUGAUGCAGGUAUCUUGCUUGGCUUUAGGAGUGCUAGGAAUCUGUUGCCUAUAUGCUGGUUUUCUGUUUCCCUUACCUGUAUUAGAUUAACGAUGGGAGCAAGAACUGAAUUUGUUCAUUUCUUUAUUUUUUUUUCUUCCUAUGUAGAGGGCAGGCAUUGAGGAUUUAACCUGUAUAUUAACCAUUCCUGUAUCAUUCCAAUAAAAUUGUUUUAGAAUGCUUUCUCACA